AUGAAUUUCACAGAAGCUAUGAAUGUUGUGCACAACAGGAUCCAACAACUUGAACCCGAGAAUGCAUCCAAGAUCAUUGGUUAUCUCUUGUUGAUGCAAGACCAUAGUGAUCGUGACAUGAUCCGUCUCGCCUUCUGUCCAGAUUCCGUGAUGCGUUCCAUGAUCAACUGUGUCAAAUUCGAAUUGGCCAAAAACUCUCCUUACCACAUUCCAUCCUCUGACCAGAAUCAUAUCCGUAAAUUCGGAUCAUCAUUCACCGGUUUAUCAACCCAAUCUCUUUCGGUUUCCGUCUCUCCUCCUUCGGUUCUCUCCACUAGAACCGGUUUCUGGGAGAAUCCAAACGAAAUGGAUUGCUUGCAUAACAAUGCUCAGUUCUUGAAUUUUGAGGAUUCCAUGACCAGCCCUGAAUUCUCAACCGGUUUCUUCUCCCACGAGAAGCAAGAUUCUUCUUUGAGAACUAGCAGGAGAUCUCCGAGUUUACCCGAGUUUCCUGUCAAAAUCUGCCACUACUUUAGCAAAGGUUUCUGCAAACACGGCAACAACUGCAGGUACUUCCACGGACAGAUCAUACCGGAGAGAGAGAGUUUUGCUCAGAUGUUCAACAACUUAAGCGACGAAGAACAUGUUGUUUCCCCUGGAUCACUUGAGAAGCUUGAAGGAGAGAUCAUCGAGCUACUUAAAUCAAGAAGAGGCGCUCCAAUUUCAAUAGCUUCAUUGCCAAUGAUGUACUACGAGAAGUAUGGUAGGACCCUUCAAGCCGAAGGAUAUCUCACAGAGUCACAAAGACACGGCAAAGCUGGCUAUAGCCUCACUAAGCUUCUUGUUCGCUUGAAGAACACCAUCCGCCUCAUCGACAGGCCUCAUGGGCAACAUGCGGUUGUUUUAGCAGAAGAUGUAUCAAAGUUUGUGGAAUAUACAGGAGAGAGGAACGAACACGGAGCGAUCCUUGCAGGUUCUAGACAGAUUUACCUAACAUUUCCGGCAGAGAGUAGUUUCAGUGAUCAUGAUGUUUCAAACUACUUCUCCAAAUUCGGACUAGUGGAAGAUGUGAGGAUUCCUUGUCAACAGAAGAGAAUGUUUGGGUUUGUAACUUUUGCGUACACCGAGACAGUUAAACACAUUCUUGCUAAAGGCAAUCCUCAUUUCAUCUGUGGAGCUCGUGUUCUCGUCAAGCCAUACCGAGAAAAAUCACGCUCGAGUAGAUACUUUGACAACAACAACAAGCCUUUGCAUGACAUCCGAUAUGACUCUCAAUAUAUUGACAGAGACAUCGAGAUGAACACUUUGCCACCGCGGGUUAGUGAGAGCUCAAGACUAAUGAGGAAGCAGUUUCUUGAGGAACAUGAGCAAUCUAUUUCUAAGUCCUUACCUAAUAAUUACUCCUAUCUCGGCUUCUCCUCCAACGAUUUCAAGCUAACAACAGAAGAGGAACAAGAAGAACAAGCAGGACGAUUGAGCUAUCUGCUGGAUUAUCUAAACACGGAAGAUAAUGUCAUGAACAUAAGUACUAAUAACUACCAAGACAUUGAUCGGAGGAUGCAUUGUGAAUCUUUGGAUAGUCAGGUCCUAAAUCUGCCCGAGAGUCCAUUUUCUUCCCUUUCCGGGAAGGAGAUUUCGACGGUUACAUAG